AUGAAUACGAGGGCUAACCGGAGGAUAGCGGAAGAGGAGAUAGAUGAUGGGGGAGUUCCUCCCCAAGGAGUGCAAGGUGGUCAAUCUCCUUUAGGUGUGCAAGAGAAUGAGGUUUCGGUGGUUCCCCCGAAUAUGACUAAUGGGGAGAUUAGUGAGGAUUUUCUCUCCCUAGCACUUGCCAUGACUACUCAAGCAAAUAGAGAUGUUAUUCCUAGGGUGAUUGAUAUUGAGAGUAUCGUGGCCUCAAGGUUAAGGGAUUUCACAAGGAUGAAUCAUUGUACCUUCUUGGGUUCUAAGGUAGAUGAGGACCCACAAAACUUUAUUGAAGAGGUUUUUAAGAUUGUGGAUGCCAUGGGAGUGACUCCUAUGAAGAAGGCGGAGUUGAUUUCCUACCAACUCAAGGAUGUAGCUCAAGUGUGGUUUGAGAAAUGGAGGGAUGAGAGACCCAUAGUGUCUGACCCAAUGGGUUGGGGAGUGUUUAAGACGACCUUCCUUGAUAGGUUUUUCCCCUUAGAGUUGAGGGAGAAAAAGUUGGUUGAGUUCAUGAACCUACGUCAAGAGAAUAUAAGUGUGAAGGAAUACUCUCUCAAGUUUACUGAACACUCUAAGUAUUCUCCUACCUUGGUAGAAAAUUCUAGGGCUAGAAUGAAUAAGUGUGUGAUGGGGAUUUCCGGUUUGGUGAAAGAAGAGUGUCGUACGGCCAUGCUCCAUCAUGAUAUGGAUAUCUUUAGUCUUAUGGUUUAUGCUCAUCAACUUGAGGAGACGAAACUUAGAAAGAUGAAUAGAGAUAUGAAGAGGGCUAGGCCGGAUGAACAAAACCAAUCUAGGUCUAUGAAGAGGUUCUAUAAACAAGAUUCUUCAAUGGUCAACAAUGAUAGGGUGUCUAACCAUAAACCUAAAAGAGGGAAUGGAGGUGGUUCUACUUUUGAGAGGACUAGGUGUGCUACUUGGGGAAAGUAA